AUGCUACCUAUUGCAUAUGCCAUUGUGGAAGUGGAGAACAAGGCAACUUGGAAAUGGUUUAUAGAACUUCUGGUUGAAGAUCUUGGUGGGACGACAAUAUGUGCAUCAUUUACAUGGAUGUCAGAUCAACAAAAGGGUCUAUUGCAAGCUUUUCAAGAAAUUCUUCCAAGAGUUGAUCACAGAUUUUGCGUUAGACACCUAUACGCUAAUUUCAGAAAACAAUUCCCAGGGAAACAACUCAAGAGGUUGAUGUGGAAGGCAGCUACAGCAACCACUUCCCAAACAUGGGAAAAGGAAAUGACAAAUAUCAAAGAGCUGAACGUUGAAGCUUUUAAAUAUCUGAUCAAAAUCCCUCCCAGACACUGGUCCAGAUCAUGGUUUACAACCACAAGUAAAUGUGAUACAUUAGUCAACAACAUGUCAGAGGCAUUCAACAGUGUUAUGCUGCAUACAAGGUCCAAGCCAAUAAUAAGCAUGAUGGAGGACAUCCGGAUUUACAUCAUGAAAAGAUGGGCAAGUAACAGAACAAAAUGUCAGACAUUGAGUGGGGUCAUUUGUCCUAAAAUCAAGAGUAGACUAAAUAAGGAGUCCCAGUUAACUAAGUUCUGGAUUCCAAGUUGGUCAGCAGAGAAGUUAUUUGAAGUCCGUCAUGCCUCUCAAGUUGGGGAGAAGCUUGUGGUUGAUCUAGACAAACAUGAAUGCAGUUGCAGGAAAUGGGCUGUCUCAGGAAUUCCAUGUUGUCAUGCGUUGGCUACUGUGAAGUUUCUCAACUUAGAUGCAGAGGACUUCAUACCUGGUUGGUUUAGGAAGGCCACAUAUGAAGAGACAUACUCUUCAAUUGUCUACCCGUUAAAUGGAAAAAACCUGUGGCAGGUUACACCAUACAGCGAUGUAUUCCCUCCAAAAAAGAGAGCAUUGCCAGGCAGACCAAAGAAGAAACGCAGGUUGGAAGAAUGAGAGUUGGUCAGGGAUGAAACAAGAAUGAGGAAGGGUGGUCAUCGUAAAAGAUGUGGAAAUUGUGGAGAAAUGGGGUCACAAUAGGAAGUCUUGCAAGCAAUCAACCCAAGCAUCAAUUGUCACUGACCAAACACAACAAACUGACCCACCCAAUGAACCAAUCAUACCAUCAGCAAAUCAGGAUCAAGCAUAGAAUUCCAAUGUCUUUAUUUCUGUAAUAGACGAAUGAACCACCUUAUUUUUGUAAUCAGCACUUUAGUAGUUGCUGCUGUGAUUUUGAUAUUUCUGCACUUUAUGUAUUCAGUACUAUUUUAUUGUAAUAGAGGAUGAACUUAAAUCAUUUUGCUAGCUUUCUGCCACC